GAUGUAUCUUUUUUUUUGUAUGCGUUUCUAACUGUCGUGGUGUCAGAGGAGUGGGGAGACGUAAACAACGCGUCUCAUUCGUUGAAUCGUUUGUUUGUCCGUUAUAACUUACAAUACAAAUUAUCGAAAGUCGGAGUAAGUAGUAAGUACUAAGUUUAAUCUCGUUGUCUCUUGUGUAACUAGUUAAUGAUUUUAUGUUUUGAAUUUAAUAUUUGAUCACGAAGAAGUAAGUUUUUUUUAACAACAAUAAGUACAAUAAUUAUUAGUAAUACCUAUAUUAAUAAUGUGUAGAUAUUCGUAACAACUAUUAAGUAUUAAAAAUUCUACCGUUCCGUGAAUUUAUCUAUCAAUAACGCGUACAUUUCUUUUGACUUUACAAACAUACAUGACGUAAUAUUUAUUAUUGUAAAAUUCAAUAUUCGUUAUAUCAGAGAUUUAUAUUAUUGAAAUUGUCUUUAAGUGGAAUGCCUUUUAAUUUCAGACGCAUAUAAUUUGAAUUGCAUUUAUUUUUUGUUUUGUUACAAUAAAAAAAAAAAAAAAAGACUUCAAUUCUGAAUGUAAUAUUAAAGCUGUUAGUUUUACAAAAAUUUUUUGUCUAGUAAAACGAUUUCGAUUUCGGAAAAACGAUCCAAUUUUUUGCCAACAUCAAAAGAUACGGAAUGCUGGUGUUACUAUAAUUGAAAUUUUUUUCAACAUUUUCAGUAAUUUGGUACUAUAUUCCUUUUUUUCUUGUAAAUUGCUGGGUUUUCAUGGUAACAAAGGAAAAGUCAUAGUUCAUAGUACAGAAUUGUUUUUCGUUUGCAAUGACUUUUUGGUGCAUGUAAUAUAUUAGCAUAAUUUUCUUGUAUAACCUACUCUCCUAAUUACCGAACAGCAACAUGCUCAUGAGCAGUAUCAAUUUAACUAUCGCUUAUUGUUAUUGAUAUUGUGUUGAUUUGAGUAGGUAUAUUUAGAAAUUAGGUAAUUAGGAAAUUGAUUUUAAUGAAUGUUAUAUUUAAAUUAAACAAGAUUUAUCCCUAUGCAUCUGGAAAUCUGAUAUCAUUUCGGAUUUAUAGUUUAUACCAUUUAACAUCAGACAUAUAGUACAUACCUAUAUCUACUUACAUUAUUUUGUUAAAAAGUAAAGACUGAAAAUAUGAUUAUGUAUUAGGUAUAUAUAAUUUAUUUUCAGAGCUUUGUAUCAUUUAAUUAGGUAAUAAGCUAGUAGUGCGUUUGAUUUUAUAUUUUAGAGUGUGUUUGAUGAAAAUAUGUUAUCUGAAAUUAUACACAGUUAAGUUUCUAUAAGUCAUAACAUUAAAAACAAAAAUGAGAAGGUACCUAAAUAAUUUAAUGUUUUCAAUUUUGAGUGUAUGACAUAAUAUUACUUUUUACUAUUUAUUAUUUUUCUCCUUUAUUCUAUACAACUAGGGUCAGCUACUUUUUUUCUCACUCUUCUCAUCUCUAUAUAUUAUAAUUUUUUUAACUACUACUAAAUCAGGUAACAAACCCUUGUAUGCCUCUUUUUAACAACUUUUUCUUUGGCCUAACUCUAUCACCCACCCUUAAAUCACCUAUUUUGAUUUUCUGAUUGUUUUUCCUUCAAAAUACAACAUACAUUCUCAAUAUAUUUUUUUUGCUGUUCUACUGGCUAGUGGCUACUCCUAGAUUAUCUUUUACAUAUUAAUUAUUCGUCAAGUUUUUAAUUUUAUCCAACUUAGUCACACUAAUGAUCAAUAUUGGAACUCUCAUUUCUACUUGUUCCAUUUUUGUUUUAUAUUUUUUAUUUGAUAAAAUCCAAAAAAGAUUAUCUGUAUAAAUUUAAAAAAGACUGACAUGCUUCCCACAAUGGUGAGCUAUUAUUGUAGAUGAAAAAUUUAGAAGGUAGGAUUUAGAUGGGUAUUUAAUUUAUAUCUGUAGGUAACAAAAAAACCAUUGCUAACAAAAAGCAAUUUGGAGCAGUUUUUUUUUUAUUUACGUGCAUAUAAUUUUCCAUUUUCCCAAUCAUAAGUCAGACAAAGAAAGAAAAAUGACAGAAAAAAAUUACAACUUUUUUUUAAAGUUUUAAUAAACUAUGUACUAUAAGAUACUUUGAGUCCCUAUGGAUUGGAUUGGAGAUUUUUUUUAUAAGCCCGUGAAAAUUAAAAUAUUUGACCUUUUAAAUAUCUCAAAAAGUAUCAUGAACAGUCCUUAUAAUCAUCAAAAUAAGCGCUGAAAAAAGCACUUAAAUACUUCAUUAUAAGCACUUAAAAUAUUAAUAUAAGCAAAAAAAAAAGCACUAUUAAAAAUGCAAAAUCAUAUUAUAAUGUUUGUUUUUAUAUAGAAAUAAAUUGUAAAUCAAGUUAUAAAUACAGUGUACUCCCGAUUAUCCGUGGAAUGGGAUGGCAGGAUAUCCACAGAUGAACGAAUUCCGCGGAUAAUCCGCAAAAUUAAAUUUUAACCCAAUUAAGCCCGAUUUAACAGAUAAUGAUGUACAAUGUACAUUCAAGGGUCUAGUAUUAAAGGAACAUAACAUAAUGUGUAUUAAUAAAGUGUAUUUUACGUCGUUAUCGAGUUAUCGACUAUGAGAAAUUCACAACCCAAUUAAACCUAUAAUGAUUUAUAAUGGAAAGAUACAGUACGUAUAUAUUUUUUUGUAUACAUAUAGGUAUGUAGACGAUUCCGUGGAAGACAGCGGAUUAUUCGCAACGCGGAUAAUCCGCUCGCGGAUAAUCGGGAGUACACUGUAGUUUUUCCAAAUUACAAUGUUGGUAAUUUUAAUCAUCUAGGAUUCCGAUUUGGAGAUAAGCGAGUAAUUAUGAGUCUGAGUUUAUUACUAGGAAUAUAAUACAAAGCAGAAAAAUUAUUUUUAAUUCUAGUUUUAUCUUGAACAAAAACAUAAAUAAACUAAAAUGCUUAGGUUUUUGUCAGUGGCAUCUGUCUUAAUUAAGUAUAAAAAGCAAAAAUAAUUAGAAAAAACAAGAUUUGUUUAAAAAAAAUCGAAAUAAGAUAUAAAAAAAGCACUUUCAAAUUUCAUAUUUGAGAUCAUGGUAACAUGACGUGAGUUAACUUGACACUCGGCUAGAUUUUAUGUUAAUUCAAAAAAUUAAGCAAAUGCUAUUAGUUCCAAACUUUGAUUAUAUAUCUUAAAAAAAAGUUUCAAACAAAAGUUAUUUAUUAGAUAAUUUACAAAAAAAGACAUUGACAGUUAAAAAAUAAAUAAUUUUUCUCCUUUACUGUGUUAUUAAUUUUUUUAUAUUGUAUUAAAUGUAUUUUUGUUUUACAAACUGAAGGUGAACAAUUUAAUUAUUAUAAUAACAUAAUAAAAUAUAGUACAAAUUAGUAUUUUUAAAACUUGGUGUCAUACAAAUAAUUUGUAAAAUAAAAAAAAGAUUAUAAUUUAAAGUUAAUUAUGCUAUUUAGAAGAUUAUACUUUUAUGUUUAAUACUCUUCUUUUACAUUUUCGAUAUCCUUUUGUUUAUCUAAUAAUUGUACUCAUUUAUUUUUCCUCUAUGUAAUAAAGCUGGUGUUGAAUCUCAUUCAUUAAGCACAUGAUAAAACAAUAUUUUAUUUAUCAUAGGUUCAUUAGUUUUUUAUAUAAAUUCAGUACUAUAAUUUUUUUUCCAAUUUUACCAGAGCUAGGUUUUAGAAAAUACAUAUUAUUUUCUCUAGGAGUCAAAGCGAUGAGAAGUUCUAAUAAGUCAAUGUCCUUACCAACCAAGAUAAUUUUAGGAUGAUAACUUCAAAUAUAAGUGUGAACAAUUAAUGUAUCAUCAUCAUCAUCAAUAUAAAAAUUAUUUGGCUCUAAAUCUAGUUUUUUAUCAGUAUUAUAUUAAUAAAAUAUGCUGUUUAGAUAAGAGUUUUUACAUUGUGACUGACCAAUCAUUCCCCAUUCCAUCACUUAAAUACUAUUUUAAUUUGUUAUAAGUUUUAUUAUAUUAUUAUAAUAAUUAAUUGGCCACCUAUAAUUUUUAAAACAAGCAUAUAUUUAAUACAGUGUAAAACAAAAUUCAACACUAGAAAGAGAGAAAAUAAUUAAAUUGUUUAUUAACUGUUAAUUUUUAAACAAGUAUGUCUUAUUAUGUUUUAAGACUUACUUUAAUAAAACUUGAAAAAAAAAAAUCUUGGUUUGGUUUUUUUCAACUAUUUGCAAAAAUGUAGUCUCACCUAUUAUUAUGAAAACCACUUGAAAAAUCUAAAAAAUUAUUUUAUCCACAGAGUACUUAACAAAUAAAAAUGUACGUAAAACCUGAGGAAAAUAAAAUGGCUAAAAUGUUUGAAAAAUUUUACCAUGUCUAGCAUAUAAAUUUUUUGUCCAAAUUUCAAGUCCAUUUAAGUCUCAAAUAUUUUUAUCUAAAUCAUAAAAAACAAAAUUGAAAAAAAUACAUUUUAUACAUUUUUCUGGUUUUCCUUUAUUUUUAUAGGUUUUUACCAUUUAUUCUAAAAAUGACUUUCCUUCAGUCCCCAGAUAAAAUUUCCUUUUAGAAAAAGUUCUACACUUGAAAAUUGGAGCAAGAUUUUUUGAUAGAAAAGUUGUCCACUGAUAUAAAAAAAGUAGUGUAAAAAAUAAACAUUGUAAAACCAAGCUAUACUCUAUUUUGAUAAAAAUAUCAAAAAAAUUGUAUUGUUAUUUAGUUCCAGAACUUUUUGAACAUACCUCAUAUAGGAAAUUCCAACUAACUUUCUUUAUGUUAAUUAUGCAUUGUUUUAGUUUACUAAAAUUUGGUAAAAAUAUCUGGAAAAUCAAUAAUUUAUAUAUAUAUAUGAUAUGAACAUCAAUUAUGUGCCAUUAUGAACAUUUUGAGGAUUUGUUCAUUUAUGGGAAUUUAUUUCCAAAUUUUUAAGUUUUACAAUUGCCAAUUAAAAUGUUCCUCAUGUAAAUCUAUAAUUGUUGUAUCUUUUACUCAUUUUGAUAGUUAUUCUGUAUAGAAAUAUUAUAAAAACUAUACACACAAAUAACUAUGAUUUUAAUUACCAUCGGUUUUAAUCAUAUACAUUUCACCUUAAUUACAAUAUACAAUUAGAAAGUUUAAAUUAACUUAUUUUGACACAGAAAGACAAACAAAUUUGUGUUAAUUUUUUUUUUUUAUUUUAAAAAAAAGUUAAAGGUGUUAAAGAAAAAAAUUCCAUGAUCAUCCUAUGAUAGUAGUAUUAGUACUAUAGUAUACCAUUAGUAGAUAGUAGCCAGUAUUAUGUAGUUUAUAAUAUUAAUAUUACUAUUGAUUUAAAGUGAAAUAGUGGCUAAAAGUUUUAUCAGUGAAUUAUUUUAGACUAGGUAUAAGGAGCCAGUCUAAACAAAAAUGUGCUUAAUAAAUAAAUUGAAUUAUAAAUUAAUCUUUAUUAUUUAUAGAUAAAUAUGAAUGCCGCAGAUACAUCUGAUGCUUUAGAUUUAACUAAAGAAAAUAUAAAACCUUUAAAACAAGGUAGAAAACCUAUUCAAUUGGAAACUGCAUUACAAGCACAAUCAAAUUCGGAAAUCCAACAAAAAUUAAAUAAAUCUAAGGAGUAAGUUUAACAUAUAAUUAAAAUAUAUAUGUCUAAUUCACACUGGAUAAUAUGAUAAAAUAUUCUAUCAGUAAGAUUUUAUAGUGUGUAAUAUUUGUAUGAUAAUACUAGUAUACUAUAAAAAUAUUAUAGUCAUAUUGUCAUCACAGAACAUCCAACCAGCUAAUGUUUUGUAUCUCAUUUUGUACUAAUGAUUAGACCAAUUUAUUGAAAAAAAAUUUAAUUAAAAACAAAAUUGGGAUUCAAGAAUUGUAAAAAUGAUUUUCUUCAAUUUUUUGGUUUUAUAUUAAUAGUUUAAAUUUUUUAAAUUAUAUACAUCUUUAAAAAAAAAAAAUGAAACUUGGAAGUUAGAUAUCAUAUUCCCUAUAAAUCUCUUUAUUUGAGAAGUAAAUCUAUUGUUCCAAACGUAACCAAAAAUAUAAUAUCAAAUUAUACAUUUUAUUGUACAAAAAUCUGAUUGUUUAAAAAUGUAUUGUAUAAUAUUGGCUGAAAAUAGUAUUCCUAUUUAAUUGUAUGUAUUGCUAUUGGAGUGUUAUCUGUUUUUAAUAAUAUGUGAGUUAGACCACAUUUUUCCUAUUAGUUUAUGUCAGUUAAGUUAUUUGAACUAGUCAUUAUAAUAUUUUUAAGAAUCCUUUAAAUUAACUUCUUUGGGUAAGUUAUAUUUUACCUUUCUACCUACUUACUUUUUACUUAAUUAUUUAUGUACCUAUGAUUAUCAUAAAUCAAUUGGAAAUAAUUAUGUAUGUAUGUGCAAGUACCAAUUUCUGAAUAUGUACAUAAUAUUGAGUAAAUGCAGUUAAUUAUAUAUAUUUUAAUAUUUCAGUUUAUUUGAGAAUGCCAUUCGGUUGUAUGAAGGAGAUGAUCCAUUAGCUCCAAGAUUAGAAUAUAUUAAAUGGCUUGAACAAAUUUAUCUAAAAACUGGACCACAAAGUAAUCUUAUGCCACUAAUAGAAGAAACUGUACACAAAUUUAAAAAUGAUCCAAAAUACAAACAAGAUCCUAGAUUUGUUGAAAUAUUGGUCAAUUUUGUAAAUAUAUUUUUAUAUUAUUAUUAUGUUAUAUAUUAUAUUAAUUUAAGAAUUUGUUAUUUUAGAUAGAAAACCAAUCAAAUGCUGUUGAAUUAUUUCAAACUGUUUACAACCAAGGACUUGGGACAAUGUGUUCUUUAUUUUACCGUGCCUGGGCUGAUUUAUUGGACAGAUACAAUGAUUUCAAACGUGUAGAUCAAAUUUAUUUGCUUGGAAUAAAAUCUAAAGCCCAACCUCUUGAUGAAUUAGAACAAGCUCAUAUGUAAGUUAUGCUUAUUUUAAUUAAAUUAAUUUUAAUAUUAUUUAAUUUUAUUGUUUAUUAUAGGCAAUUUCAGUUAAGUGUGGCUAGGCGAUUGCUUAAUAACGAUUUAACAAAUGAAGAUAAGAACCCCGAUCUUGAAAAAAGACAAGCUUUCAGUGUUUUAAAAAAAAUUGAAACACAUAGUGGUGUUCGACAAGGUUUAGGAGGUGCUGUUGGUAAGAAACCACAAAUGAAUAAUAAUAAUGAUAAAGCACCUUCUUCUGUAAAAGUUUUUGAGGUAUAAAUGUUGUGUAACAAUUAAAAUUUGGUUGAAAUUAUUAUAGUUAUUAUAAUAAAAUAUAGGAUAAUGAUGAAAAUGGACUGUUUGGAAUGGAGGAUAAUAAGUUUGAUCUUGUUGCUUCUAAAAGUUUAAAUAAAGAAAACACUAUAAAACCUGGCCCAUGGACAAAGCCUAAAAAAAGUCACAAAGUUCCAAAGCCUGUAUCCACAGUAAACUUCGAAGGUUUAGUUUGUUUCCUAACUAGUUAAAAUAUUUAAGUAUUUUAAUACUUAAUACUCAAGAUAUUUAAUGUUUUUAGAAUAUAUACAUGUAGUAUUUAUUUUCAUUUGUAUUUGAUUUCAGUACACCAAGACAAUAAUGUAGAAUGUAUUUCUAAACAAUCUGGUAUUACUAUGCCUAAUGCUCUUCGUAAUAUAAAAGGUUGUACUACUUUAUCAUGUCCAGUUGCGAUUUUUGAAGAACCAGACCCCUCUAAAAGACCAAUGUAUUGUAAAGAUAAAGUGAGUUCAUUAAUAGUUACAAUUUUUUAUCAAUGUAAUGAACAAUUUUGAACAUAUCUUCAAGAUUACAUAUUCAUCAUUUAAAUUAAUGAAUAUUGGUUUUUUCUUAGGUAUACGCAGCUGGCCGAGACAUACAAAUUGAAGAAAUCCGAUAUGAAAUUUUUUUAAAACAUGAAGCAGAAAAAAGUAUGUUUUUCACAUUUAUAAUAAGAAGAUUGAUUUAAUCAAAUAUAUUAUGUUAUUAGAUUUAUCAAAAAGAAAACAUCCUAUGAAAUUCCCAACAAAAGAAAAUGUAGUCAAACCUUCGAAAAAAGUUGUCCUACAAGAGGGUUUUAAGGUAAAUAAACUGAUUUUUAUAAUACACAAGUAUUUAUAUACAUAUUAAAUUAUUUUUAAUUUAAUGUUUGAGAAUUAAUAUUAUUCUAAUUCACUUCCACUUAGCAUUGUUUAAAUAACUUAAAUUAUGACAGCGUAUUAAAAUUAUGCUUAAAACCUGCUUAUUAAUAAAAUAUAUUCCUUAAAAAACCAGCAGAGGCAACUUGCUAUAAAGAUUCUCAUUUAACUUAAUAUUUAUAGAUUGAUAUAAAAUAAAUAAUAAAUAAUACAUUUUUUUUAUAAGUGUAGUGUGCAUAUUAUAUAUGUGUAUUAUUUAUUCAUAAUGUUUCAAUAUUGUUAUUUUAAUAUAAAUUUAAAUUAAAUUUGUGCUCUAUUGGGUUCAGUAUUUAAAAAUAUGUAUUCUUGUGGCUGAUUGCUAUACCAAUUAAAAUGAAUUUUUUUUUAAUUACUGGGCCUCACUGAGUUAAAAAUUUGUAUAAAAGACCCAGAAGUUAUCUUGUUUAUAUCAUGUUAUUAAUUAAUACACACAUACAAAUUCAAAAGUAUACGUUUAUACAGCAAAUUUAAACAGUAAGUAAAUGAAUGAAAAUUAAAAUUAAGGUAUUUAAACAUGAUAUAUAGAUUUUAUUGCAUCCUGGGUUCUGCUAUUUUUAGACAAAUUUAUUUGUUGAGUAACUAGUGUUGACCUCAUGUUUUAUUGGGAACAAUAGAUUAUGGUUUUUUUGUAUAUAAUGUACAGAUUUUUAGAUAUAGUUUAUUUAUAUUGAGUACACUAAAAUGUUCAAAUGAUUUUUAUGUUAGAUGUAUCCAAUUUUUAUUACAUACAACAUUAUAAUUUGUGUUUCGCUAUUCCUGAAGCUGUAGAAGAUGAAAGGUAAUAGUUUCUUUUACUUUUGAUAGUUGAAAAAUUAAGUAGGUAAUACAUAACUCUCCUAUAGAAAUUGUUUUUGAAAAGUUCAUAUCAAAAAUUAAGUAAAUAUUUUGGGUUCUAUUGUAAGCUUUAAUAUAUAUAUUUUAACCUUAGAAUGGAAAAUACCUACAUUAUAUUUAAAAUAAAUAAAUUAGAUACUUUUUUAAAUACUUAGUAAAUUAAUAGGUGUAUAUUAAUAAUACAUAAGCAUUUUAAAACCUUUUUGGAAAAAUCAAUCUCUUUUAAAGUAGCAAAAGACUUUUUUAGGAGAGGAAGGGGCUUGUAGAUUUUGGGAUGAAACUGCUUCACUUUUGAGUUUUAAAAAAUUUCAAUGUCUUAUUGAGUUUAAAAUGUAAAUAUUAGUUGUGAAUAUUAAUGAAACUAAUUGCUAAUUGGUUUAAAUUUUAAGACAAUAUAUGUUACUAUGAACCUGGUGUAAGUGAGUAGUUAAGUAAUCAAAGUUAGUAAAAUGUUUUAAACAUGUGCAUAUUUUUUUUUUUUAUGAAAUUGUUUUUUCUAUAUCUGCUGUUUAUCUGUUUUUUAAUUUUCAUAAUAUUUUACCAGAAUUUUCUUUGGUAAAUAAUGAAAACUGAUAUAUUUUUUUUGAGUUAUGAGUACUAUAUUCACAUAUUGUACAGUAAAGAUUACUUUUUCUUUCUUUUUAAAUUUAGGUAAUACCAUCUUCAAACAUAAUCAACAUUGAAUAAUUAAAUUUUAACAUUAAUAGGAAGUGGUAUUUAUAUAAUUACAAACAAUAAUACUUUAAUAUAAAAAUUACUAUUAUUUUGCUAUUUUUGCAAAUAAACAAAAUGGGUAAAAGAAUCAUAUUAUUUUACUGUUAUCAUAAGUUAUCUAUCCUACUUUUGCAGCCAUUUGUAUAAUAGUGUUAUUUUUCUGUCUCAAUAAAUACAAACUAGAAUUUCAGUUAAACAUUUUAAUUAUAAAAGUUAAAUUUGGAGAUAUUUUAUGAACAGUACUCAUUUUUAUUGAAAACUAAAUGUCUAUAAAAACUUUAGGUACCAUCUCGUGCAGAUCUUGAUCCUUUGAGUCAAUCUGUUACCGUUAACACCAGAGUUGCAAUUGAUUUAGUACAACAAAUGUGGAAUAGUCCUUGUUCAGGUAAAAUAAUUAAAAAAGAAAAAAAUGUAUUAGUAUAUUUUAAACUUGAUUUUUUUGUUGAAAUAGACAAAGAUGACAAAGAUUUGAAAUUAAUUCCAAAUAAUAUAAAACCAAUUCCAUUUAAUGAAUUUGAAAAAGAAAACAAAGAAAUUCAAUGUUCAUCAGAUUUUAUGGUUUAUGAAGAUAAUAAAAUUCCAGUUAAAAAUAUUACUAAAGUACCCAAACUUAUUGACCAUGUUAAAUUUUCUGAAGAGUGUGAAAAUAAAAUUGAUAAUACACCAAUUGAGGAAAAUAACAAAAUGCCAUCAUCAGAUUUUAUGGUUUAUGAAGAUAAUACAUCUCCAAUUAAAAAUACUAAUGCUGAAUUACACAGUCUUGUUGACCAUAUUAAAGUUUCUGAAGUCUAUGUUGAUGAAAAUGACAAAUCACCAUCUGAAAAAGAUAAUGAACAAAUGGCAUCUUCAUCAGAUUUUUUGGUUUAUCAAGAUAACAAGAAUCCAAUUCAAAAUGCUGUUGCUGAAUUGCCUAGUCUUGUUGACAAUAUUAAAGUUUCUGAAGUAUAUAUUGAUGAAGAAGACAACCCCUCAUCUGAGAAAGUUAAAAAACAAAUGCCAUCUUCAUCAGAUUUUAUAGUUUAUGAAGAUAAUAAAACUCCGAUUCAAAAUGCUGUUGCUGAAUUGCCCAGUCAGAUUGACCAUAUUAAAGUUUCUGAAGUCUAUGUUGAUGGAAAUGAUAAAAUGCCAUUUAAAAUACCAAAAAAAUGCUAUGGUGAUGAAAACAAUUCUGUGAAACAAACAAAAGAAGUUGUUAAUGAUAUUCAUGUUUAUUCCAAUGAAAAUAAGUCACCUAUGCAAAAGGUCCAAAAUGUAAGUAAUUUAUGUAAAGGAAAGGUAUUCACAGUGAUAUCCUACUAUUCUUUUCAAAUAAUUCAUUCAGUUUUAAUGUUAUUUAAAUGAUAUAUGUAUAUAUUUAAGGAUUCAAAAUAUUAUUGAAUAUCUAAAAAUAAAUCUUAAGUCAGACUUUAAUUUUAUACAUAACGAAUUUAUAAAAAAAAAUUUACUGUGACGUCUUUUGUACAUAUUACAAUAAAUUAACAUAAGUACUUUUUGUAAUAGAUUUUCAAUCUUGAAAUAACUUAAUUUUUAUCAAAAAGUAAAGAAAAAAUAUGUAACUUUAGGGUAUAUAUUUUUUAUUAAAAAGAGUAACAGUUUUUUUUUUUAAAUUUAGUAUACAUGUUACAUAUUUUUCUUAUUAAUGUAAAUGAACAUAUAUAUGUUUCCUAAUGUUAUUAAUGGAUUUAUUUUUAUAAUUAUUUAUAUAUUGUUAAAAAUUAAGUUGUUUAUAAAUCCUAAGUAUUAAAAAAAAGUUUAUUUAUAUAGGAAUACUUUUAUGUUUGAUGUUAUUUCAUUGUAAUGUCUCAGUGUAUAUAAAGGAUGGCCACAGUAGGAUAAUUAACUUUUUUUUACAAAAAUUAAAACAAAACUUUAAGUUCAUCUAUUUAUAUUUAGAUAAUUAUUAAUUUAUUAUCAAACCAAAAAUAGGUAUUACAAAUAGGUUUGUGAGAAAGUAAAAAUAAGUGAUAUAAUUAUCAUCAUAAUAAUCUCAUUAUGUCCUUAAUGAAUUUUAUUUAAAAAAAACUCAAUUUUUUCAAUCAAAGUACAAAUAAGAUUCUUAUUUGUAUCAAAAUAUAAAUAAUAAUAUUUAAAUUUAAAUUAAACUUGUUUUACAUAUCUUAAAAAAGUUUGUAAAUUAUGAUAAUAUUUUUAACAGUUUUUUUUUUUUUUUGUUAGCUGUACAAAAUCAAAAACAUGUGAAACAUAAAAUUUAUUGUAAUUAUAACUGAUGUAUAAAGUUUUUUUACUUUUUGGUUUAGUAUACUAAUAUUAUAUCCUAUGUAAUGGUAUUAAUUAAAACUACUGACUUAAAUUAAUUAAACCGUAUCACUGAGUCCCAUUCUCAUUGUGUACACUUGUCUCCUUUAAUUUUAUGAUAUUUACUACUUUUCAUGACUAAUGUGUAUCUAACUAUAUAUUUAUUCAUUUUUAGUUGAAAUGAUAUAAUUUAAUUUUGAUUUCUAAUUAAUUGUGAUAUUACCAACUGUCAUAAAUGGAUUUUAAUUUCUUCUAAUAAUAUUUGUGCUCAUUUUUUAGGUUAAUGUAAAUUAUGAUGAUAUUACUUGUUCAACAAAAGCGUUUGCAUUUCUAUUGUCAAGUUCAACACCAUUAAUAAAUGGAGGGUCUAAAAGUAGAAAUUAUACUGAAAAUAAAUUGCAAUCACUCAAGUAUGUGUAAUUAAAGAUUCUUAGAUAUUUUUGUUAAAUAUUGUGUUCAUUAAAAAAAUUUAAAAUUCUAAUCCAGUUUUUUUGAUAUUUUAGUUUAUCUAAAUAUUUGUAUUGUUGUUAUUGUAAUGUCUUUCCAAAUUUGUUGUUUAGGCUAAUUGAAAAAGAAGAUGACAAAGAAUUAGAUGAGCUUCCACUGGGAAAACAUUUGAGUAUGAUAUUAGAAGCAUCUAAAGAACGAAAUAGUAAUUCUUCAUCUGGAAUAACUUCUACAAAUUCUAUUACAAAAUUAGAACAACAAUCUUGUAUUAACUUUGGUAAUUUUUUUUUAUAUGAGAUAAACCAUUAAAGUCUUUUAUAUGCUUCCAUCAAACUUCUCUAUCUAUCCUGCUCUCCUGUAGUUUCCAUUUCUAUUCAUCUGUCAAUAUCUGAUAUUAUCUUCUUUACCUUAUCCAACUACUCUUUUGAUAAUUAUAUUUAAAAAAUAAUAUAAUAUACUGGUGUUCCAUGAAGAUUCCUGAGAUAAAGAUAAACAAAUUCUGAUUUCUAUUUUUAAUUGUAUGGUGUUAAAGACUACAAUUAUUUAUAUUUUAAAUUUUGAUAAAACAACAAAAAAAAAAAAAAAAUACUUAUUUAUUUUAUUAUUAUGGACAAAUUUGAAGAUAACCAUUUUAUAUAAUUUAUUAUUUUGAACCUUACUUAUUUUGAAAAGUACCUAUCAUUAUGCAGCAAGCUUUUAUCAUAUUCCCUUAUUUAUUAUUAUUGCUAUUUUAGUUAACUGAUAGCAUCCUUUUUUCUUUGAACUUUUUUAGAUAAUUAAAAAUCAUGAAUUUAAUGAUAGUUAAAAGUUAAAACAUCAACAUUUUCAGUAGAAUAAACUAUAAAAUAGUUAUCUUCAAAUUUUAAAAAAGUAAUAAAAUUAAGUUAUUUUAGAUUCUUUUAGAAUGUUUUGAUAUUCUUAUAUUAAUAUAUUCUUUGUUAUACUCAGAAUUGUUACUAAUCAGUGUUAAGAAGAUGUUUAUUUUUUAUUAUGUUAACACUUUUUAACUGUAGGGAAAACCAGUACAAUAUUGAACAAAUAUUAUUAAAAACAAUAUAUAAUACCUUUUUAAUUAUUUACCAUAAUCGACACAUAUAUAUUUUUGACAAAGCAUUGUUCUGGACUGAAUUCCACUCAGAAUUUGUUAGCAAUGGUUUAUUGUUGUUUACAGAUAUAUAUUAAAAUAUCUUCUGUAUCCUAACUUCCCAACUUCUCACCAAUAGCAUUGACUGCAUCCAUUGUGUAAAGUUUGCCAGUCUUUUUUUUGUUUUUAACCAAAAUUAAUUGAAAUAUAAAUAUUUAUAAUCUGUAUCCCUAAGUGUAAUGUAAAAAAUACAAAUAAAAUUUGAUUAUCUUUAUUAUUUCCAGAAACAUUAAAAUGGGUAUUUUUGAGAGACACUGUAUAUAUUAUAUAUAUUUAAAUAGUUAACACAUUAUUUGAUAUAAUAUUAUCUAUGUUAUUUUAUUAAGGUGAUUAUGAUAAUCCUUUUGAUGAAGAUUUUAAAACUCAAUUAUUAAAAAAAGUAGUUCAAUUUCCUAAUGAAUAUCAUAUGUCUGGUUAUAAAGUACAUGAAUCUGAAGUACCAAGUAUGCGAUCUGAAUUCAAAUUGGGUAUGAAUAUUAUUUGUAAUAUAAUAUAAUUUAAUCUUAGUUGAUAUAACUAAUAACUAUCUAUACUUAACUAAUAUUAUUACAUGUUUAUAGAUCAUAAUAAAAUGACAUUUAUCUGUGAACUUGGUAAAGGGUCAUAUGCUCGGGUCAUAAAAGCUCGCUCAGAUGAAAAAAAUAGUGUGGAGAAAGCUUUUAAAAUUCAAAAACCUGCAUGUGUUUGGGAAUGGUAUAUUUUGAAAGAAAUUCAACACCGCCUUAAGGAUUCAGAGAAAGUAAAACAAACAUGUUAUUUUGAUGAUUUUAUUUACAAAUAUUAUUGAUUAUUUUUUUUUCUUACAGAUAUCUUAUUUUGUAAACAUGGACAAUAUACAUGUAUUCAAAAAUGGGUCAAUAAUUUCUAUGGACUAUGCUAACUACAGUACACUGUUAUCAGUGAUUUUAGCUUAUAAAAAAAAGUGGGUAAGUAUUAGUUAAAUCUAAAUAGCUGGUAUACAUAAUAUUAAUAUGUAUAAGGGUUUUUAGAAAUAAGAUUUUUAAUAUUUAAUUGAUAAUACCUACUCUAUUUAAAAAUUUUACUUAUUAUAUUAUAAUUUUUUACCUAUUAUAUUAUUGAAAAAGUUAGUAAUUUGAAAUUAAAGUACUUAUACUGUUCUCAAAAUACUUAGUAUAAAUGUAUGUUAAGAAAAUGCUUAAAAUUCUACUAUGAAAAUUAUUAAAAUGAUAAUUUUCUAUUUCUUCCAUACAAUAAAUGGGAUAUAAAUUUAUAAUAUUUUAUUGAAAACUUGCUAGUUUGUAACUGCCACACUAAACAUAUUUUUUUCAGAAUCAAUCCAUUCCAGUAACUAUUUCUUCAUUAUUUGUGUCCCAAGUAUUAUCUGCUGUCAAAUACCUUCAUCAAUGUCAGAUUAUUCAUGGAGACAUAAAACCAGAUAAUGUUAUUGUAAAAUCAUUGUAAGUUUCAUUAAUGUUAAAAAUAAUUUAAAUUAUUAAAUUAAUAAAUUCUCUCCUUUUUUUAGGCCAAAUACAUCAUUUGACACAUGUAUUCAGUUAAUUGAUUUUGGACGCAGUAUUGAUUUAAGCCUAUAUCCUCCUGAAACAACAUUUACAUACACUGUGAAAACUGCUGAUUUUAUUUGUCAUGAAAUGAGAGAAAAAUUACCAUGGACAUACCAAGUUAUUAAAAAAAAAAUAAUAAUUUAAUGAAAUAUUUUAUAAUGGAUAUGUUUUGCAGACCGAUUACUAUGGAGUGGCAGGAAUUAUUUAUAUGUGCCUUAUGUCAGAUUAUAUGAAAACUCAAAAAAUUCGUAAAGUAUGGGUUCCUUUGAAACCAUUUCCAAGGUAAAAAAUAAAUUAAAAAUGUUUACAUUUUUUUAUAAAAAAAUACAUCUAGUGUAAUAUACAUAUAAUUUUAUUUGAUAAUAAUUUUGAUGAAAAUCUUAAAUAUUGUGGCUUUUUAAAAUACUGUUAAAGCAGUUUUCACGACUUCUUAAAAAAAACUUUUUGAAAAUUUUAAUGAAUUUUAGUCCUAAAAGUCCAUUGAUAAAGGUGUAAUCACUUUCAUCCACCUGCCUAAGAUAAAUUGAUUUAAAACAUUACUGCAAUUAAAAUUGGUUUAAUCCCUACCCGAUAAAGGACCAGAAAUGUAAUUAUUUGUAUGUAUUUCAAUGAUAAUUUUAGUCAUAUUACCAUUAAAAUAAAUACAAAUAAUAAUUUUUUUGGUCCUUUAUAGGAUUGGCAGGGAACCUAGUGGUAAUUUUAUCUGAGGUUAUGUUUUCAAUCAAUUGAUAAAUCAAAUGUUUACAUCUUAUUAAUCCAUCUUAGUAUAUAGUAUAUACUACAGAUGUAUCCAUCUUUAUCUUAGAGAUGAAUGUUUAUAUUUUAUAGUAUUGAUAAGGAUUAAUGUUUUAAUAUUUAAAUAUUAUAUACAUUGCACCAUUGUUAAAUAUAUAGGUAUGAUCACAACUUUGUGAUACAUAGGUACAAUGGCCAAUGGUCAUUCUAGGUCUGGUCUGGCAGUGAUUCUCAUUUUAUUUCAAUCUAGCUGGUAAAUAAAUAUCACUGCCAGCUUUUCUCUCUAUGAAAAGCUAUGGAAUAAACAGUUGUGAUCAUACCUUAUUAUAUUUUAGCCAUGCAUUGUACAUUACUUUGAACAUAUAGCCUUCCAAAAUAGUAUCUUAUUACUUAUUAUAUCAGUUCAAUUUGGAAGACCAGUAGUUGUUCGAAAAAUGAUAAGAGUCUCAGGUACAAUAGUUUUGAAAUGUUGCCAUUAUCAACAUAAUAUUUUUUUAAAUAUUUUAUAUAAAAUAAUUUGACAUUUUAAAUAUGUGUUGCGCCGAUUUCAUAAUUUAUAUAAUUAUUAUAUAAUAUAAUAUAUCUUAUAAGUUAUUAUAAAAUUAAAACUACUUAAUCUGUAAUAUCCAUACAUAAAUAAAUAUAUUAAUACAUUACAUUUCAAUAAAUUAAAGUUUAUUUAUCUCUUAAAGCUAAGUUUGUUGCGAGUUAAAUUAGUUAUCAUCAAUUUCAAAUGAUUUAAAUAACACUCAUCUAUAUACUAAAUCUUUAAAUAAAUUAUAAAAUAUAUCAUUUUUCUGACAUAUAGGUAUUAAUAAAUUUUGUCUUAUAGUUAUAUAAUUAUUGUAAAUUUAAUUUUUACAAUUAUUUUAGCAAAUAUUCUAUCUAGUUGUAUCUAUAUUAAUUUUUUUAUUUCUUUGUAAAAGGUCUUUCAGUUAGUGAUAAAAAUGUCUUAUCAUUUUCAAAUAACUACCAGUCACCCAUUUAAUUUGUAAACAGUCACCUUUUAGAUAGUAUUGGCGAUUAUUAUUAUUAUUUUAUAUGUAUAGACUAUAGCCAUAGAUAUUAAAGAUCUUUAAUAAUGACUAUAUCAGUUGGCUAUCUAGUAUUUUUAUUUAUCUGUGGUAUAUACACCCAGCGCCUGUUAACAACAAACUGAAAGUCCUUCAUUGAAUAGACAUAAAGGGCUAAAAACUGAUCAAUGGUGAAAGUUGUAAUUAAUCCUGUCAUCAAUACUUAUAUUUGAUGGGGUAUUUUAAUUUUCAAUUGUUAACAUUCUCAGAGUAAUAAAUGAUAAUACUUAAACUACUUAAAUAAAAGAAGAACUAAUUAUUAUGUCUGCUAAAUGUUAUGUACCAAAUUGCCAUUCAUUGGUAGUAUUAAUUAACUUCAAUAAUAAUAAUAUUAAUCCAUAAAUGAUGACCAUGUAAAAAAAAAAAUUAUAUUUUAAGUGAUUAAAUCCGUUAAAUAAGGUAUAUUUGUACUUAAUGUAUUUGUUAAUUCUGAUAUUAUUUAAUUUAAUUUAAUCUUUAAUAAUAAAGUAGGUUUUAUUGGCAAGUUAUUUAAUGCACUUAAAUAAAAAAUUUACUAUUACAUUAAUUCAUUGGUUCAUUUUUAUAUAAAUCCCAAUUUAUAUGUUUUAUAAUAAAGAUAUAUUAUAUCUUUAUUUGAGAUAUUAAUUAUCUAGCCCUAAUAAAAAAAAUUGAUGCUUGAAAAAUUCAAAUGCUAGUUACAGAACAAAGAAGUUUUGUAUAGCAAUUAAUAAAUGCUCUGUGUAUACCCUAUGUAUGUACAUUGUAUCUUUAAUUUAGGAUCACGAUAUAUAAACAAUAUUGAUGGACCAACCAGUUAGUUAAAUUAUUAGUACUAUUAGCCUUAAUUAUUGCAGUUAAUUAGGUGUUAUAAAUUAGUAAUAUUGAUGAUUAAUUUAUAUUACAUGUUGCAACUGCCGUUAAAAAUAUAGUUUAAAUGAGAUUAAAGAUGAUAUAUAUUUAUGCUCUUUGAAUAAUUUGUAUAAUGUUUGUGCAACUGAUCAGUGAUUUACCAAGCCAUUAGUUAAUUAUUAUUUAAAUAUUUAUGGAAUGGUUUUUAUGCAACCCUGCAUAAGCCUUUUAAUUAUAUAUACAUCACCUAUAUUGUUUAAUAUAACAAAUUCAUAUUUUAUUUUAUUUUUUUAGAUACAUAGACAAAAGUUUUUGGGAUCCUAUCAUUUCUGUUUUACUGAAUAUCAAAUCAUGCGAAAGUCUACCGAAUUUGGAUGAAAUUAUUGAUAAACUGAAGAAAUAUAUUUCUUCUCAACAGAAAGUAGUAUUAAAUCAUAACUUUAUUAGUUUAAAAAAUGCUCUUAAAAACAAUUAAUG